CAUUGUGAGCCUCGGUGUGAUUAGAGGAUCCUCCCGGGAGCAUGAAGUCAUAGACCGGGAAUUGGGCUAUAACUAAGAACUGUAUAUGACCCGUUAUAUUUAUAACACUGAGCAAUAAUAUAUAUUAGAAUUGCUCCACAAUAGCCGAGUGUUUACUCAUGUUAUGCGCUGUCGUUAUUAUUGUAUACAGCUGAAUUUCCUCCCCGGUAAGUGAGUUAGUUUAGAGAAUGUCGAAGCCCGGGGCAGAGGCUGGAGCCGCGGCUGAUCCGGGGUCAGUGGUGGCGGAUCCACAGCAUUCCCAGAAGCUGUUACGCUCGCUGCGUUCUUUCAGGCAGGACGGCAGUUUUCAGGACGCUGUUUUGGUUCUGGAAGGGGAAGAAAUCCCUGUGCAGAAGAAUAUCCUGGCGGCAGCGAGUCCAUAUAUCAGGACCAAGCUAAAUUACAACCCACCCAAAGCGGAUGGAUCCACAUACCGAAUCGAGCUACAGGGAAUCUCGAUGCCCAUCAUGAAGCAGAUUCUGGACUACAUAUUCAGCGGAGAGAUCUCUCUGAGUGAGGACACGAUCCAGGACGUGGUGCAGGCUGCCGACAUGCUGCUCCUCACAGAUCUCAAAUCGUUGUGCUGUCAGUUCCUGGAGAACUGCAUCACGGCGGAGAACUGUAUCGGAAUCCGGCUCUUCUCCCUGCACUACUGCCUGCACCACGUGCACCACGUGGCCACAGAGUACCUGCAGACGCACUUCAGGGACGUGGUCGACACGGAGGAGUUCCGCGAGCUGCCGCCCGAGCGUCUAUGUGAGCUGUUGGCCAUGGAGAAGCUCAACGUGGGUAAUGAGAGGUACGUCCUGGAGGCCGUGGUGCGCUGGCUCGCCUACGACAUCGAGGCCCGACGGGUGCACAUGAAGGAGGUGAUGUCUGCAGUGUGGGUUCAGGGCCUAGAUCAGAGCUACCUGCAGGAGCAGAUGGUUGGAGACCCGCUCAUGAGGGAGGUGAUCGGCGAGUGCUGCAUGGAGUCAUUACGAGGCGCGGCGCAGCAAGGAGAGGCACUGCUGGCUGCCUUCAAACCCCGCGGCUACUCCGAGUGCAUCGUCAUUGCAGGGGGUGAGGACAGGGCGACCCGGAAGCCCUCUGCAGUGACACGCUGCAUGUGCCCUCUUUAUGACAGGAACCGGCAGCUCUGGAUCGAUCUGCAGCCUAUGAACGAGAGGAGAAUCGGUCACGGGGUGGUCACUGCCGACGGCUGCCUCUUUUCGAUUGGGGGAAUGGAUGAAAACAAGGCCGUGUUGAGCAGUGGGGAGAAAUACAACCCAGAGACCAACACUUGGACGCAUAUUCCACCAAUGAAUCAGGCAAGGCAGCACUUUUGUAUUGCUGAAUUGGAUGGACUCAUCUAUGUGCUGGGUGGGGAGAAUGAGGACACAGAAGUCCUCCUCACCAUGGAAGUGUUUGACCCUCACCUAAAUAACUGGACGACCCAGACAAGCAUGACUACUGUUCGUAAGUUUGGAUGCUGUGCUACAAUGAAGAAGAAGCUCUAUGUCAUGGGAGGAGGGUCUUACGGGAAAAUUUACGACUCUGUGGAAUGUUACGACCCCAAGACUCAGCAGUGGACCACACUCUGCCCUCUAAAGGAGAGAAGGUUUGGCGCCGUGGCGUGUGGUGUAGGGCAGGAGCUCUAUGUGUUCGGAGGAGUGAGGAGCAGAGAUGCUGACAACCCCGAGUCCAGCCAGAUGACCAUCUGCAAAUCUGAGUUCUUUCACGAUGAGUUGAAAAGAUGGGUGUUGCUUGAUGAUCAGAGCCUGUGCAUACACACCACAUCAUCAUUCGUGUAUGGAGCUGUUCCCAUUGGGGCCAGUAUAUACGUGGUGGGAGAACUGGAUACAGGCACCAGUUACGACUACGUCCGAGAGUUCCGACGCAGUACAGGCACUUGGCAUCCGACCCGCCCUCUCCUGCCUUCGGACCUGUGCAAGACCGGCUGUGCUCCUCUGCGCAUCGCUAACUGUAAGCUGUUCCGGCUGCAGCUGAAACAGGGCCUGUUCCGGAUCCGAGUGCCAUCCAUGUAAUGUGGACUUCCAUGCUUAUGUUGUGUCAUAAUCCUUCUGCUUUUGCUGAUUGGGUAAAUAAAAAGAAGAAAAUUUAAAAGAGAAAGAAAAAGAAGAAGCACAUGUGGCGUUUUGGAAAAUCGCUGGAAUUUAGGGCAAGGAUGCUUACUUGAGUGAGCGGUGUUGGGGACAUUUUGUCCACUUUGAUUCAUGUCUUCUUAAGGGAAAGUGUCUUAUUUUGUUGACUUUUUUUACUGUAAGGGAUCUUUUGAUAUGUAGCAGCUUCCUUGCUUUUUGUAGUGUUAAUACUGUUAUAAGUGUGGACCACAGGUUGUUGCUCAUUGCUACUGCCUUUACACACGGCAUCAAUACAGAUAAUCGCUUGGACCACAAUAAGGA